AUGAGCGAAACACUCUAUUCAACAUGCGAUUUCUGGCAAUUUAUAUCAGGUGCCUCUGUCGUCUGGCCAAAGGACCUCGUAAAAACAGAGCUGGAAAUCUACCGCGGAAUAUUAAAAUCAUGCCUGAAUUAUUAUCAGCCUUGGAAGUAUUUAAAAAAUAAUUUCUUCUUGUUUAAAAACCUUGACCUUGAGCAGUGUUCAAAGUUGUUUGAGAUGUAUCUGUCGAGGUGUUACGAGGGAACUGAUGAUGAUCUCGAUAAAUUGUUAUCAAGAGAUCCAAGGAGAGAUGACCAGCUGAAGGGACUGAUUGAUGACGUCAGUGCAUUUUAUUUCGCAGAGAAACUGAGCUUGGUCAGGUCACUGAAACUCAUACUGGCCUAUAGCAAAGAUGGUGAUGUCCAUCCGUAUAACAACGAGUUCAAAGAGUUCACCACUGAACAUUUGAAAGAGGAUUUCAUAGUUGAUGUGUUUUCUCAGUUUGACAAGCUGCACAUGGAGACGUGUGGGGCACCUCACAAUGCUUCACUGAUGGCCAGGAGCAAACAACUGGAGACUAUCGGCAGCCGCAGUAGUCAGAACAGAGGUUUAGAUAAUUUGAAAUUGCUGUGCGAAUUACUGGACUUGGUACUGCUGUACUUCAAGUGUACCGUACUUACAAUGGACCAACUGCACUCCAUGUUUGAGAUGUUUAAGGAACAGUGGAUUUGGCAAAAUAUCCUUAUAAACCAUUUCAAUUUUUACCUCCUCCAGGAGCAAGAAUUUGGCAAAAAGUUGAUAGCGAGCAAGCAUAUUCUGGACGGCAGUGGAUCACACGCCUACGUGAAACUGGCUAACCGUAUUAGCUACAUGAUGGUGUUGUUGGUGGUAGAUGGUCUGGAAUUGGAGUUGCUGGUUGAGUCAUGUUCUCUGGGUUUUAUGGAAGAUGAGCGUUCUGGCAUGAACGAAUUGAUACUGGCUGACGCUAAUUACCAGAAGUUCAGCCAGCAGAUAGUGAAGAACCUUCCAGCAGACAACAACGUAGACCCCCUCUCCCCAUUCCACCUAGCCUGGGCCGUGGUCCAACACCUAAAGGGCGAUCCACAGUUUGGGGCUACGGGGAACAAAGCCCUGGCCGGUGGGGUGUUUGCCUAUCUGUACGAGCGGUUCCUGGACGAAAGGGAGAGCAGAUAUGAUGAGGUUGGUGCUGGUGACCUGCCAGUGUCACAACACAAUCUUCGGACUCUUAAACUCAUUGCUUUCCAUAUUUCACGAGUCUACACUGGGCGAUACAGAGGUCCAACUCAAUCAUUACGUUGCAACACUAUUGGUCAGAUACUGGACGAUGGCGCAAAAUCUGGCAGAGUCCUUAUAACCUGGACGCAUACGUACAACGGUUUCGACGUCAUGCUACAUGAGUGUCUCAGUUUACUGGCGACUUAUGAAAAAAAUGUUGGCAUUGUUGAAAACUCUGAGAUAGAGAAGGCAACACUAGCGUUGUCGUUUGUUGCCGAGUUGUUGAGAAAUGGCGGAGAAUUUGUGGCAAAAUCUGUUGGCCAGUUGAAUAGAUUUGUUGAUGUUGCUCUGGCUUAUCUCAAUAAAUCUCUGAACAGCGGGAGAUUUGGUCAGCUGUUGAUGAGUCACGAGGUUGUCACGUGCUCCUAUGACGUCACCAUCGCUUUCCUUAACUUUGUACUCAAGAUGGUGCAGGUGGCUGGUACAAUAUGCUUAAGGAUAUUCAAGUACGUUCUAGAUAAUAGUGGCGAAAGAGAGGCUGACAUAAGUCCCGGAUCAUUAUCAGCACCACUAGCCGUGGUUACGAGUCUGUUACAUUCGAAGGCUGCAAACGUGUUGUUGGACGUCGUCGCCACAGACCUUCGUCUACUACAAGCCGCCCUCGACGCGCAGUUCGAGUUGAUCUAUCCCAUGAGUAUGUAUGCAUGUUUAGGCGAUAAAGUCCAAUACAUCAGAGAUAUAUACAUGGAGAGACUGCAAUCUUCCACCGAGGAUGUCAAUCUAAAAAUAGCCAUUAUCGAAUGGCUGACGGCUUGCCUCCAGACGCAAUUGGCCCUAACCGAGCUAUUUAUAUCCAAGAGAGAUAAAAAUAAACUUUUCGGGAUUUCCAUCAACCAGCCAAUAUUGAGUGACGGUGAUGAUGACGUUGAAGAUCGGGACUCCAUCUUGCACGUUCUCGUUGAUCUCAUUGGAGUUGAAAGACAGUUCCUGUACAGAUGUCCCAGCAGUCUGCUGGCAUGCAUCAUGGAGUACUUCCACUGCAUGUGGAAGAAGUGCCACCUCAAGCCCAUCACUAAACUGAGGAAAAUGAAAAUGUUUUGGGAUUGCCUGUACAAUGUCGUCACCACUGUGGCCUCCCUAAAACACAAAGAUACUAAAUAUAACAAGUUGGAUUGCAAUGUUGUCAGUUUAUCCCAUUCAUUGAGGAUCUUAGCCUUCGAACUCAUCCACUCACUAAGGAUAAAAGAGCUGUCGUACCCCGCUGAAUUGAAAGAUUUCUGUGUAAAGGGCGUCAUCAAAUUGCUGUCCUAUUUCCAGCACAGGAUUGUCCACAACUGCACUAACGAACUGGCUAACGAAAAUGACGUCACCAUCAGCAGCAACAACAACAACAGCAACAACAACGAUGCUAAUGAUAAUGAUGAUAGAAAUGAAAAUUUCAACGUGACGUCAUCCUCUGCUGAAAUGUUUCUGUUUGGAUGGAGGGAUUUUAUGUCAAUGCUAGCGGCCAAUAAGAACUCUGAUGGGGUGACGUUGAACGGCGAGUUAAAAUCAUAUGUCAUUAUAUCUGUUUACGUGGCUCUGCUUCAUGUGAAGAAUCGAACGAAGUCGCUGAUGUCUGCCACAUGUGCCACUCUUCUCUAUUUCAGCGAUUGCAAACUGGAGAUCAUGAAAGAUGCAAAAAACAAAGAAAAGAUAAUGGACAUCUUGACUGUCGUCUGCCAGAUAUUGAAUGAUUCUUUGUUAUGGAGCGUUGGUAUGCCUGCUGUCAUAAAUAAAGAAGAGAGGAACAAGUUUAAAGCUCUGCCAAUAUCCUUGCUCAAUAUGGUGACGGAAAUAGUUUCUUGCUUCUGUGAGAGAAGCAAGAAGACUAAAAAUGAUGACGAUGAUGUCAACAAUGGAGAGCUGGAUGUCGUGCAAGCAGUGAUCGGUCUUUUCCUCAAACUGUCUGUCAACCAUGAGGGGGCGGAGUUACUGGCUGUCAAUCAAGUAAAUGAACACCUUGGCAUCUACGUUUCAUACCUCUACAGUAAUUCAUCAGUGCCGAUACAUCAGAAGCAGCAGAAAUUCCCGCGACAGCAGCAACAGCAGCAGCAGCACCAUCAACAACAACAACAAGACAACAACGUCAACAAAAACACAGACGCUGACAUCAACAGUGCCCAACAGAAACAACAACAACAACAACUCAGAACCUACCAUCUCUACGUCCACCUCAUCUCUCAACUCCUCAACACCCUCGGCCCCCUCUACACCACACAGGCCAUGGAUUUUAUCGGGGUGCACAAGGACAGGUUCAACUUUGUUCUAGAGUGUUCUAGAAUAUUCUACAGCAGUCAGCAACCCUGUCGCAGGAGGAGCGUGCUAGAUAGCAACAGCAUGGUCAAUCUUUUUCACCCAAGUAGCAGUAACCAGAGGAACCUUACUAGCAGCGUCGUCGGCAUUCCAGCUCGUAAUGAUACUGGUAACUUGAAUAGUAUUUUUAAUACUACAGUUGCCACCAGUUUACAUGAUGCGGGUAAAUUGAAAUUUGCUGGCGAAAUGGCCAGCAAAAGUUUCAACAGCAUCUUCAGCAGCAACUACAACCCUCAUAACAUCAACAAUAUGACGUCACCAUCAACCUUUUCUCCAUUUAAAAAGUCUAAAGUUACUCACGAUUCAAGCGUCCAGUCGAAAACAGCCUUCGGUCUUAUCAACCAAUCGGCAUUUGGUUUUAACUCGGGCAUCAACCAGUCAGCCAUCUCUUCUCCAUUCAACCAAUCAAAUUUGCAGUUUGGCUUCGGUGAUUUGAACAAUACAAGUGCUAACAAAUCCAGUUUGGAAAAUUAUUCAGGUAGUAAAAAUAUUGACAAGGAGUAUUAUAUAGUAGGCGAUAUUGCUGUUGAAAUAUUAGAAUUGGAAACGAUUAGUUUAUUCAUCUGUCAACUGUCCAAGUACAAAAAAGAAUGGAUGAAUGAACUGCCGGGUGUUCUUCAAUCUAUCAUGACCAACAUGUGUACUUGGACUCACAGAGUAGUCGGAUUGUUAUUCAUGCCUAAACUUUUGCUGGCCAUAUCCGAGAGUCAGAAAACAGGUCAGCCUCUAAACUUGUCUCUGAUUGGUCUAUCGAAUCUAGGGCACCAUUCUACUGACGAAUCGGCUAAUUUCACCCCAGAGUUUUACAAAUUACAGCAAAAAUUGUUGUCCAUAGUUGCUGUUAACUUGAUUUCAAUGAGGCUAUUCUCACCACCUUUGGAGGAGAUUUUUUUCAAAACGGAUAGAGUGUUGACCAGCUUUCAUUCCUUCAUCGUCAUGGACUUUUCCACUCCUUUCAUCGAUGACUUGACGCCUCCGACAUUUGGUACUCUGGUGGCGAUAUUUAAUUUCUGUAUUGACUUGCUUGGAAAGAAUGAAGGAACAAGACCCUUUUCACCUCACAAGCCCUCAACCCCCAGGUCACAUGGUAGCAAUCUUUCAACUUUCGUCAACAGGAAGCUUCUCCUAUUCUUAAUGGAUCAAGUUAUGUACUUGAUGAUGAGUCACGCCCUUAAAUAUUUAAGGGAGGCUGAAGUUGAUGAACAGGACAAACAGGUCCUUAAAAGAGAUCUAAGUGCGGAAAUGUCAUCUUGCUUGAUGAGUGCCUACCGUUACCUCAGAGUGGGGACGUCCAGUCCUGCUACCCCCAGACGAUCGUCUCAGGGACUUCCCGCGGCUCUGCACUUUGCCACGGAGCACCAAUUUUUAGGAUUUGCAGAUAACUUUGUCAGAAAUGUUUUGAGGUAACCCGUUCAGUCAUAGGAAGGAUCGUGUUGGUUUACACUUGGACGGUUAUGACGUGGCUCUGGCCUUAUGAAACUCUUUCAACGUUUUUUUGAAUUGUGGUUUUACUUUGUUUCAUUAUUGCUAUUAUUAUUUACGAUGCUGAUUAUUUUUUAUGUUAUGUUAUUUACUGCUAUUAUUUUUAUUACGAUGAUCGGCUGUCUCUUUAAACGUACAAACGCAUUUAAAAACUUUCCGUUAAAUGUUAUUUCCAAUUUGAUGAUGAACCAGGAAAGGGUGAACUAAAUCACCAAAGCCUAACUCUCCCUACUUGAAAUGUGUCUCAAUAAAAUAUACGUUUAAAAUUGUC